AUGGAAAAUAACUCAACAAAUUGGAUCUUCAAAAAACACGAAUAUGAAAAAUACACUCCCUCACGAAGGGAAGGGAUGCCAAUAUGGGAAGAGAAUUAUAAAAGAGCCAAAGGUGUCAAAUUUAUUCUUGAAGUCUCUUAUGACCUUAAACUUCCUCAGCAAACGAUCGCAACAGCUGCUACCUUUUUACAUAGAUUUUAUAUGCGAAAAAGUCUCAACGAAUUUCAUCAUUAUGAUAUUGGUGGGACUUGUGUAUUCCUGGCGUGUAAGUCUGAGGAAACCACAAGAAAAAUGAGCGAAGUGGCCGUGGCUUGUGCAAAGACCGCCAGAAAGGACAAGAAUCUCAAAGACGAAAAAGAGUUUGAAAAAUGGCACCAUACAAUCACAAAACGGGAACCAACUAUAGCGGCGACCUUGUGUUUCGAUUUAACUUUAGACCAUCCAUAUCCACAUCUUAUAAAAAUAAUUCGAGAACUUGAAGGUGAAAUAGAAAUUCGCAAAGCGAUUGCGGGUAAAGCUUGGUCAAUAAUUAAUGAUAGUGUCUACAGCUUCAAUGCACCAAUUUCACUCUUUUACAAACCUAGCAUAAUUGCAAGCGCCGCGAUUUUCAUUGCAUCAAAGUUAGCUAAUGUUCAAUUAAAUGAGAUAACUAAACAAGGGACUUUAUGGUGGAGGGUUGCUCAGAUCGAUGUUUACGAUGUAUCAGAGGCAGUAGAUGAAAUAUUACGCCUUUAUCAAAUUCGUAAACCGAAACUGGUCAAAAAAAAGAACGGUGAAUCAAAACAUCCUCUUGAGGAUGCUGAAAUUGUUGUAGAAAAUCCUUAUGAGGAUCUUUCAGAGAAUUGUACACCACAGAUAGGGCAACAAAGUCAAAGUCCUGAUGUACAAAUUGAAGAAACACCUAAUAAUGAAACACCGACAGAACAUGAUGAUGAGAUGGAAGAUGGGCAAAUUUUAGAUGAAGUAACAAUUAAUGGAACAGAUCAGCACAUGGGAAAUGCGGAACCAAACGGGAACACAGGGAUGAUCUUGGAUUCCAAUGACGAAGAUCAACCUUUAAACUGA